AUGCCCUGGCAGUUCGACAACUCUGGCGGCCGCCGCUCAGUCAACGAACAGCCUGUCCCUCCCUACUCGAACACGAUCCGAUCCCCCACCAUCCCUGUACCUGGCAACCCUCUACGUCAGGUUGCUCAGCAACAUCCCGUGUUGCACUACUUUGAUUCCCGGAACGAGUUCCAUGUCCCACGGCACGAGUCCUAUGUUCCACCGAACGAUUCUUAUGUUCUACGGAACGGGUCCUAUGUUUUCAUGCCGCCGCCGCAUACAAUUGCCGAUGAACCAACGACAGUCCCCGACCCGCCCACGACAAACCCCAUCACCCCACCGCCGAGCAACCCACCGGCCCCGAGGACGGACGAGCCUACCGCACCCCCGAGCGUGACCCAGCACAGCCCCGUCAAUAGGGCGCUGCCUACUCUCCCGCUCCUUCCGGCGGUAUCUCCACUGCCCACUCAGCCUCCUGCCCAACAACCCUCACCGCCACAGCAGGUGUCUCCACCCCAAGUGCCGUCACCCGUUGCUGCUCCUCCAUCGCCACCCGCUGCUGCUCCACCACCGCCAUCCAUUGUCGCUCCGUUACCGUCGCCACCGCCAGUUGUCGUUCCAGCGUCUGCCCGGCUGCCAGUCAGCCCUGCAUCGGCCCCAGAUUCCCCAAGCGCCGAUGAAGAGGAGAUCACUGACGAUGACGUGUGGAAGAACGGCGAUUUUGAAGUCACCUCGAGCGACAACGUGCGCUUCCUGGUCCCCUCAUUCCAUCUCUACUCCGCCAGCGCCGUCUUCCGAGACAUGUAUGGCCUGAACCCCGACGCGGAGCGCAAAGUGACCCUGAUCGACCCAGACUUCGAGAACGCCAAGACAUUCCGCCUUUUUCUCCAGCUCGCCACGAGCGGCCACUUCGCUGACACGCCGGCAUAUAACACAUGCUCAGGUGCAAACGAACUCCUCGCCCUGCUCGACUUCACGAAGAAGUGGGAGGCCGAGCCUACCCGCAACUCGCUGUGGUACAUCCUGUCCAACGACCGCAAUACCGCCAACUGCGGCAUGUGGACGUUCAAGGUCGCAGCGCACUGGGAACAGGCGGCGCUGUGUGUGUCUCUCAUCCGCGCGCGGCCGCUGACGACGUGGGCGGCUAGCGGGAACGCACUCACCAACGGCACGGACAAGGCGAGCGUGUACGACGCGUAUCACUGGCCGCAUGCACUUGUGAAGGACAUGCCGCAGAAGUACAUGUGGGCGCUGGGACGGGCAUACGGGGGCUCGAUUAACAAGACGGGCGGCCUGGAGGCGCACCUCGCCAACGAGUUCGAGAAGUUCUUGAAGGCAGCAGGAUAG